CGGUUGUGUAUUUUCAAAUUCUAGCGAUCUCGUGCCGGUUUCUCAAACUUACCUACCCUACCUUUAAUUGAAGUUAUUGUAGUGUUGAGCGAGUUUCAGUUUCAUAUAAAUUGUUUGUUAGAAGAUCUUUAUUAAUUCGCUAUGCAAAAAGGACAAGUUUGAUGUCUGGCUUCCCAGUGUGGCAUUUUAUUCUCAUGGUAUUCACUUGCGUUUUCUCCUUUGACUUUGCAUCCAAAGUCAUUCAAGAAUAUAACUGUGUCUGUUAACCCCUUAACCCUUUACAGUAACAAACUUAAAAAGUGAAAAUGUUUUGGGAAUAUCGUUUGAAAAGGCUAGGUAAAUGUUUUUGUAUCCUCCCUUUAUCCUAACAAUGGCCAUGGUUUGUUUUCGUCCUCAUCUUUGCUUGUGCAGCUUUGUUUCUGUUUCUUGUCCUGACUGGCCACAUUACCAGCUGGAGCCCAAUCCCUGCUGACUUUGUGUUGUUGGAGUAUGACCUGUCUAAACAGAAACCAGUUGCCCAAAGAAUUAAGAUAGCAAGUGUGUGGCUGCAAUAAUUGCCCCAUGUCCCUCACUGAGCUCAUAUGUUUGGCUUGUCAUUGUUCCUUUACAGUCACUUUAGUUACGGCUGGGUUGUCACCUUCCUGUGUCCUCAUCAGACAGCGGGUUAAUCACACCCCUCGGGGAAGUUGCUAUCUUCAUCACUGAGUGUCUCAAAUGAUCUAAAAUAGCCCUCACUGUCUUUCAAUCUUUGUUCACAUUCAUCUGAAUACCACUGUUAUGAGUAAAUAGAUGUAAUCCUGAAAAAGGAAGCUUGUGCAAGAUGAAAAUGUAGGAGACAGUAGGUAAACUGCUCUCUUCAUUAUUGGGCGUAGUAUUUGCAGUCACAGCCAGAAAUCUUGGCAGGCAGAAUUGUAAUGUUUGUUUUUGCAUAUUGUGUUAAAUAUAUGUUUGGCAAACUGAUUUGGUAUGCAGUUUGAUCCAAAUGUAUCUAAAUCAUUUGGAUGGAAGAAGAAUCAAUGUUCAUUCACGCAAAUACUAAUCCUGGUUUAGAAAUGAAUGUCUCCUGAUAGUUCAGCAAAGGCCUAUGGAGAACUUUUCAGAUCCUUACAUCAGCCACACAGACACAUAGUGUUAAUAUAUGCUUUAAACUCCGACUUUAAAUGCAUCCUAAGGUAUGUGGAUCAGUGUCUAUUUUAGGACUGUCCUCGAGAAUUGAAUUAGGCCACGAGGCUACUGGAUUUCCCCUCAUUUGGCAAAACAGCACACACGAACAAGAAAAUAAAAGAAGAGAGUAACAUGGCACAACCAGAAAAUUGUCAUUCAUGUCAAGUAAUGGCAUUGCAUCAAAGUGACAGGUGGUAAUUGCAGACAUAAGGGAAGCAAUUCUGUGCCAAAAAGUGUAUUAAGAUGUUCAGAUAAAUGCACACAAGUAACCACUAGCAUUCAUUACGCAUGUUUGCUAUUCAAAGAGAAUUUUCUCGUUUCUCAUAUACUGAUUGUGACACCAACUGAGUGAAGCCUACUUUAAUAGGAAGGGCACAGCAUCAGUUGUAGAUUAAACUCAAUAGGAUGUAUUGAUCCGUAGCACUGGUUCGCUCAGUGCAGGGUACUGCCUGCCGGAUGGUUGACGAUCGUGUUAUGGCCCCUAUGACAUAUUUAUUUCCUUUUUUCCCCCCUUCCUCUUCACUUCUUUUUUCAUACUGAAUAUCACAUGCAGCCUAUAACGUACCAGAGGGAUGUGUGUGAGUGGUGUGAUGAACAGAGACAGCAGUAAGAGAUGAUACUGAGUGUGGUGUGUAUGAUGCCUCACAUUUAGGAGAACGGGAUUGUGCAAACAGGCUGUCAGAUCAGUGCAGCGGCAGAGAGUGGGACAGCGGGGGUUGUCUCGGGGAGGUGGGGUCUGUCCGUCCCAUGUGUUGACUGUCGGAUGGAGAGAAGAGGGGCACAGCACAGUGAGUAUGAAAGGACACAGAGCGCUACGCAGAGAGAGACUGCAGGCAUGCAGCAACAUGGAGGAGCAUAUAUGUUUAAAGAGGAUGCAGCAGAGAGUGGAUUGAUGAGGUAAGAAAGCUGAACUGAGACCGGCUACAAGAAAGCAGUUGCGUAUUGAUUUGUAUUUGCUGUUAUUAUGAAUUAAUCUUUUUAUUGUAACGUGUGUACAGUGUUUAAGUCAGAAGACAUUAUAGAUGAAGGGGGUAUAGGUUUUUAGAAACAUGAAGAAAUUCAAGCUAUUCAUAUACACAAUGUUUGAUAUGUGGUUGUACUUAUAGUGUCCUGAAUGAGAGUUACCUUUCUUUCUCCCACAGGCAUCAGGUCUUCAGAUACCCGGGGGUUAAAGAUCUGUCAAACAUGUGAUAGGCCAACAUCCCUUGAAACCUUCAUCAUGUGACUUUGCGGUAGAGUUUGUAGACCCUCACCAUGUUCUCUCUGUGGAAUCUGUAUCUUCUUCUCCCCCUCUACUUGCCUCUCUCUUUCCAUGUCAUAGCAUUUACUGGAGAAAAUGUCAAGGAAACACAACAGCCAGAUACAGCAGUGCAGCAUCUAUCAAAGCUCCCACAGAAACAUAAUGGAUUCACUUUAGCAGCAAGGAAUCCUAUGUUUAGGACUGAGAAUGUCAAAUUUCUGGGUCUACCUGCGAGUUUGCCUUUAUUGUCAUCUGAGGAGUUAGAUAGACAAGGAGUGCUUGGAGAAUAUGAGGAUUUACAGGACAGCAUAGAGAAAUCUAAUGUGUUUCCUAAGGAGAAGGGACAUGUCAUAUUGAGUCCUACUGAUACAGAAGAUACGACCUCCAAGGAGAGAACACAACCAGUAGGACCAUCACCAGAAGGCGUACCACCUCAGACAUCAAAGUAUCAGCCAGCUGAAACGAGUACUGGAUCUACUUUGCAUUUUACACGGACUGGAGAGAAUCGGCCGACUUUCCCAGCUUCGAAGAAUGAGAAGAUUGUCCCCCAGUUACCAUUUCUUCUGUCUGGCUCAAUUCCAUCAGGCCACGACUCCACAACAACGGUCUCUGGUGGACCUUGGCCUGGCCUUGAGCGCCCAACUCCAACAGCAGCCACAUGGAGAUGGACCACGGGCCCUGGUAUCAGGCAGAGAGAGACACAAGAGGGGACUGUCCCAGUGACAGAGAGCAAAGAUGGAAUGACUGAUAUUACAGGACUUCAUUUAAACAAAGGAGCGGUCCGAAUAGAAGAAGAUAAAGAUGACCUCAAAGAAGAUAACCCGCCUCUCUCAAACACCAAUGGCACAAUCUGCAAACCUUCAAACCAGUCGUGGACUCCCACCUACCCGGAGGAUUUUACCCCUGACGAGUCCGUGCGCCCCUCUCUGCCUCUCAGCCCUGUGCUGUUUGUCCCUCUGUAUUCGGACUGGAACUCUGCCCUCGCCACAUGGGGAUUUGCAUGGGAAGCACAUGUGUAUGGACUGGGGUCUGUCUUUACCGUAUUCGGCCUAAUCUCUGUAGUUUGCCUUUUAGGCCUGCCCCUGCGAUGUCCUCCGGGAAGCCCCUACUUCACCCUUCUGCACUUGUUCCUCCUAGCAUUUGCCGGGAUCCAAGCUUUCUGUUUGCUCUAUGAUGCUUACAAUCACCAAGAUCGUCUUCUCCCUCUGAGCUCUCUGCUUCUCUCGAAUCUGCCCUUCCCCUGUUUGAUUUCCGCCUUCUCCCUUGCUUUCCUUCUUCUUUCCUUGCGCUCCCGUUCACAUCUUUCACUCCCACUUGCUAACUCCACCUCGUUCACAGCCUUGCCUAAACCUUGCCUGUUACUGUGUAUGUCCCUGUUGUAUUCUGGGGUCUCUCUAGGGUGUGUUGGCUUGCUUCAGUUCUUCCACAGCCUCCCCUUUGUGAUCCUGCUAUUCCCUCAGGGUUUGUUUGUAUGUCUUACUAUCUUUCUCUCUGGCUCCUACCUAAUCUUCUACUGCUUGAUGCAAUUCAACACCAAACACAUCUACAGGCUGAAUGACAACGAAGAGAGUGGAGGAUCUCCUGAAGGGAUGCGACCUGCGAGUUGCCCCUUUGCCAAAGUGGAGGACUGGGGCAGGGCAGCAGGGGCUGGAGUAGGAGCUUCGUUGUGUUUGUUAGGAUGUGGAGGCCUCCAGUUUUAUGGGAUCCUGCAUGCUCUUGGUUUAGGAGGGGUUGAUGGCUAUGGGUUCCAGCCCUGGCCUUGGUGGGGUUACCAGGUAGGCUGCAGACUCUGUGAGGUUGGGGUGUGUCUGGGCUUGUCAAUUAUUGGUUCACACCCUAUAUUCUGUCACAGUAACUCCUCUAUCAAGACUAUAACUCGUCCCCGACCAGGGUCUUGGUCCCGCCUCUCCUGCAGCUCCCCUUCACGAGGGCUCACCCUGCCCUCUCAGGGACGUGCAGAUUUGCCUAUCCUCUCCUCUCACGAUACUUGGUCCCAAGGUAAGCAAGAAAAGCUGGUGGUCUGUGAUGUUUCCACAAAAGGACAGUCAGAGGCACUUCCUCUUUUCUCAAUGCUGGAUUCUACUGGAAAUGGGCUAGUCUCCAAGUCCAGACAAACCCAGAUCACCAUACUGCCACUCCCUACACCCCCAACCCCACCGCACAAGCAUAAAAAUGCAGUUGAGUCCCAGCUAUCGUCACUGGAUAGCCUGGAACUGGAGGCAGACACUACACUGGAUCUGCGGCCCCCUUCUCCCAUAGACCUGUCCCGCAGCAUUGACCAGGCUCUGUUCAGUGAAUCCAUAUUCUCUCACAGUAUCUUUGGUUUGCCAGGACUCUAUCACGCUUCUUCCAGCCUCUCUUUGAGCUCUCCUAGCCAAGAUGCGUCUAACCAAGGGCCUAGCUCUGUGGAAAAUGCCCUCUACCGAACCUCUUCCUGUGGUGAUGCGGAUCAAGAGAAUGCCCUAUCCAGAUCAGGGGCUUCCCAGGCACAAAGCUCUUUGACAUCUCACUGCAAGCAAACAAUAUCACCAGAGCAAUGGGACUGGAAAGAAAGCGUCUCUGGUUCAACCCAGGGUCUGUGCAGCAAUCCCAAAGAGAACGGAAAACUACGCUUGCACUCCUGGGCAAACAGGGGUCAGAACUUUGCUCAGAGCAGCCUCCCACAAGCAAUUCCCCACCUGUCUUACCACAGGCGCUACCGAACCCUGAGCUUAGCCUCCCAGGACAGUCGUGGAUCAGGACAACUGGCAGAGACUAAACACCUGAGUGAAAGCAAACAGCUUGAAUGGGAUAUGGCUGUUCAGGCAGAGUUUGUCAACGUGUGCAGACAAAUUGACACUCUGAGUGUUUGCAGUGACACCAUUGAAUUAUAAAUGUCCAGUUCGGAUUUAAAUGCACUUGACAUUGUACAGAAAAAGCAGACCCUGCUAUUGUUAGAUUAAGUAAUUCAAUUGUAAAUCAUAAAAGUUAUACGGAUGGAAAUAUCUACCUUAACUAACAAAAGGGGAAUAUUGAUAUGGACAUUAUUAUGUAGAUCUAAUUUAUUUUGUAUAAAUACUGUACUGUUGAUAUGAUAUUCAAAAUGUGAUUUUAAAGGUUGUCUUUAUCAGCUUGUGGUAUUUUAACUGAAAUUGUCAUUCCAUUCACACAUUCAUGAAUGUCAAUCUAUUGCUCAAGACUGCAAAUGCUUUGCUUUCAUCUAAAGCAGGAGUUUUAAUAUUUAUAUAACUGACAUGUUGAAGUUUUUUGUUUUUAAAGGGAUAAACAGGUAAAGGAAAGCCUUCGUUAAUAGAGAGAACAGACUAUAUUGAAUGAAACAAAGGCUCGUUCUACACCAUUAAUCUACUGUUGUGUUUUCAAUAGUGAAUAGUGAGACAUUUUACAAAUAUUGAGAUAACCUUCUUUGACUUCAAACCAUAAAGGUAGACAAAUACAAAUAUAAUUGAGUGCCAGAUGUUUGUGAUGUUGAAAGCAUAAUAUUUUGCCAACACAUGAUCAGUAUCUAGCUGUUUAAUGAGUUGUGUACAGAGUGGGCAAACAUUAACUACUAGGAACAAACAUUUUGGCAUGUAGUUCAUUCAUAAAAUUGUUUAUUAUGUGUUUCAGCGUGAUGUAAUACAUUUGGAAAUUCAAGGCAAAGUCAUAUACAGGAUGAGUUUUCUUCCAUGUUUUUCCUGCUUGGUCAACAAUGUCAGAAUUAUCUUUUAAAAAGAUAAAUGUAAAGAAUGUUGUAGCACCUACAGUGAUAUGCAAUAAUCUGAGGUUUUUUUAAUCUACCGGAGGGAGGCAAACUCUGGGCCCACAGUUAAUGUGAGAGGCUUGAAUUUAAAAUUGAAGUAGUAACAUUUUGAAAAUAGUGUUAUCUAGUGGUAACAACACAUUUCACAUAUUAGUCAAAUAAGUCAAAUGUGGGAUUUUCUGGAGAUAUAAAAGAGAAAAUAAAACA